AGCGCGUCCAAACAGGCAGUCGCCGGCCAGUCGGAACCCGAGGCACCCAGCUUCCACGGCAACAGCAGCUGUGAUCAGCCAACCAGCACACACCGCAACGAGCGUAUUUCAGCAGCUGCAGACGAAGAAAAAACAAACAGAUUCCACCCUCAAGGAAAGACCCAAGACAGGCUUCAGAAGCCGGGAAACCGUCCCGACGGGGGGGGGGGGGGGGGGGGGAGAGACGUUGCCAUGACGAUCUCCGUGCACAACAUCUCGACCACCUCGGCCCGGGUGAGCUGGCCGGCCGCCCCCGGUUGCCUGGACACCUUCUACAGCGUCAUGUACCACCCCAACUGGAACAGCCUGCUCAUGGGCUACACCCGCAAGAGCUUCCUGAGGGAGGAGCGCGUCCCCGUGACCCAGACCAGCGCCAGCCUGCUCCACCUGGCCCCGCAGACCACCUACAUCCUGUGUGUGACCUGCCAGGCGGCCAACCCGCUCCGAGACCAGUGCCAGGUGUUCAGCACCCCGAGGGAGGGCGGCGGCCAGAGGCAGGACGGCUCCGGGUGGGAGAUGGCGAUGGGCGUGUGGAUGGCCAGCAGUCUCCUCCUCCUGGUCAUCGCCGGGGUGCUCCUCUGGGGGUGCCUCCACUCCAUAUGCCCCUUCCCCUCCCAGGCGUCCGGCGAGGGCUACCCCUGCUCCUCCAGCGCCCUGCCCCAGGGGGCCCAGGGCAGCCCAGGGUGCCUGUACACCCCCAGCAGCAGCGAGGAGGACGACUCCAAGCAGGUCACCGUCUUGGGGAACCCCCUCCACUCGGUCCCGACGCCCGGACACGGACACGCCCGUGGUCACGAGUUGAGGACACUGAGCCCGCAGACUGAGGGACAGCCCGUCUGACCCCGGCCCUUCCCUGCUGGCGCCGUCCCCGGGUUUCGAAAAUGUGCGUGACGUGCCGAGUUGGAAGCGGUGAAAGUGUUUGUUUUUUGUUCUCGAAAACUCCCGACCGACUGUUCAGAAUCUGUUCAGCAAAUCUAUUUGAAACUAUUAAGGGAGAAUCUGUCUGAAAUCGGUUUUAAUGGUUGUGGUGUUGUGCUGUCUCUGCAAGGGACUAAAGAGUUUUACUGCUGAAUCUGUACGCUUCGUCAUGUCAUCUCUGAAAAUUGCUUUUAAAUUGCCGGGUUUACACAUUUUGUCCUCUCUGCUAGAACAUCUGCAUUUAUCCAAUGGUUGUUUUAAAUGGCUUGGUAGUACGAUAUUUACCCCUGUGUGCAACGUUAUCAUCAGCCAACGUCCUUGUAAUGAACCAACCAAAGUAUUUCGAUUUGAAUGUUUCAGUGAUGCAACUGUUGUUUACUCGUACAGUAAUUUGUGUAUAAAAGAUGUUUAAAAAUAUCACAGUGAUUUUUUGGGGUCUGGGAUUGUGUGUGCCCAUAGUGAA